AUAGUUUAUACUCACUUGAUACGCAGAGUGUUUUUUCGCAGAGGGAUCUGUAUCAAUCAACUAAAUUUUUGAUUGCAUAUUUAUACCAAUAAUAUAUAAAAUAUACUAAGUUCUAUGUGUUUGAUUGAGACUACUGUUUGAAUCAAUUCAGGUCACGACGUUCCGCGAAAAUCAGCGAUAAAGUUAUAUCCAAACGAAUUUCUAUGAUUGUACAAUGCAUUUUUAUCAGAAAAUUGAUCAAUUACGUGUUUAACAUGAAUUUUUGGACGCGUAAUUGGUUGAUUUUCUUUUGUAUAUGUAAAAUGCAAUUAUGCAUGUUGUCUGAAUGCACUUUAGCGGUCGACCGUGGCGCUCGACUCGCGUCAUGUGAUAACGCGGCGUCCGUGUUUCUACAUCAGUUCGCAUUGUCGCUGUCGACAUCGUCGCCGUCGCCGCUACUUCGCCGAUAUUUGCUCGCUGCGAUGAGGUGACGGCGCCGUGCGACUUCCUCGUCGACGUAUUUGGCGGAUUAUCGUACCGAUUUUCGUCUCGAGGUCGCGGACGCUAACGGGUGAAUGACACGUGCGGAGUCGUUGUCGAGCCAAGAGCGCGCGGAAAAUGGCACAAGACACCGACGACAUCAACCUCACACCGCAAGAGUUGCAGACGCUGUCGGAGCUGGAUAGUCGACAGUUUGGAUUCCUCAAGUUGAAUUCUCCGGAACAGGCAAAAAGGAAGGCUCUGGUAGUCCGUGCCAUUAAAUACUUGGAGCGUAUGCUAGUUCAAGCUCAGGAUGAAAAGCAAUGUAGAAAAGCUGAUAGUACAAAAGCAGGUCCCGAUGAAUCCAAGGAAAAUGAAGACGAAGAUAAGGGGAUAAGCAUUGAUCCUAAGACAUAUUGCAAACUAGGACACUUUCAUCUACUCUUAGAAGAUUAUAACAAAGCAAUGUCGGCAUAUCAGAAAUUCUACUCUUUAAAAGGCGACUACUGGAAGGAUGCUUCGUUUUUAUACGGUUUAGGCCUUGUCUACUUCCACUUCAAUGCUUUCCAGUGGGCCGUGAAAGCGUUCCAGCAGGUGCUAUGGGUGGAACCAGGAUUCCCACGGGCCUGCGAGGUUCACCUACGGCUCGGCUUGAUGCUGAAGGUCCACGCUGACUUUGAGGCCGCGUUGAAGCACCUGACUCUCGCUCUAAUCGAUGCCACCACACCUGCAUCUUUCUCCAAACUCGAGAUUAAAUUCCACAUCGCUCAUUUGCACGAAGUUCAAGGCAAGUAUCGCGUGGCCAAGGAACACUACGAGGUUUUGCUGAAAGAAAAGAUCCUGCCGUCGCAUCUAAAGGCCGACAUUUGCCGUCAAUUGGGAUGGAUGUACCAUGUGGUUGAUUGCCCGGUGCUGGGCAUAACCAGACAGCAGAAGCAAGCAAUAGCUAUCCACUGCCUGCAAAGAUCCAUCGAGGCUGAGCCAAAGAGUGGACAGAGUCUUUAUCUCUUGGGACGUUGCUUAGCGGCUUCUGGAAAAGUGCACGAUGCGUUUAUCGCGUACAGGAAUUCCGUUGAGAAAUCAGAAGGCAAUGCGGACACAUGGUGUAGCAUAGGAGUUCUUUACCAACAACAGAAUCAGCCUAUGGACGCGCUACAAGCUUAUAUAUGCGCUGUGCAGCUCGACAAGUCUCAUUCUGCUGCUUGGACUAAUCUUGGGAUAUUAUACGAGAGUGUUAGCCAACCGAAAGACGCUCUAGCUUGUUACGUCAACGCAUCCAGGGGAAACAGCAACGCGGCGAAUUGCACGGGCCCACUGGCGGGUCUGGGUGGUGUUAAGUCCGGUGGCAACAACUCGAUGAACCCGUCCCUCCAACAACGCAUCAACUUUCUGCAGAAUCACCUAAGUCAAGCACCAAUGCCUUCCGUCGCUACCAAGAGGCGGCAAUUGCCGUCGAUCGAAGAAGCUUGGAAUUUGCCAAUCAGCGCGGAAAUGUCCAGCCGGCAGCAACAGCAACAGCAGCAACCCGGUGGGCCUUCGUACAAAUACAGCACCACACCUACUGGUCCGCCACCGCCUUAUCCUCAAGCUCAAGGACCGAAUCCCAAGCGAUUUAAAAGUGAUGAUGCGAUAUCAGCCGCGCCGCAGCAACGGGCGUCACCAUUUUACUUGACGUCGCAACAGUUGCUCAUGCUGCAAUCCCUGCAGCAGAAUCAGAGCAGUCUGACGCCACAACAGCAGGCCAUGCUCGCGCAGCUGCAACACCAGUACCGUACGAUGCAGCAGCAUCAGCAGCUCAGGCUGCAACAGCAGCAGCAAGCAGCGCAGCAGCGGGGCUUGAGGAUGGGUCAGCCCGGUUAUCCGAUCGCUUACGGAGCCCAUUCUCAGAACCUGGCUCAGUCGUCAGGCGUAAUUAAGAAUUAUGGCAUCCCGCAACAACCGUUGCAGCAAGGAGGCACUGUGGCGUUGCAAACAGGCUUCUCCGAUACCAAUGUCGGUUACAAUACGGCGGCGACCGGCAACACUACGCAGACACCAGGAAUGCCUUACAAAUCCGCCUCCGAUCCCACUUAUCCGCAUCAGAGGCAACAGAUCGCUGGCGGUGCUCAGUACAGCGGCCAGUAUCAACAGCAGCCGAAUCAGUAUGCUGCUCAGGGUUACACGCAGGUCUCGUCGGCGACUGGUGGCUAUCCGGAAAGCUCGGCGGCGGCUGCUACGAGCAAGGAUAAUCUGGGAGUGACGGAUCAAGAGUUACAAGCGUUGCUGUCGCAGAAAGAUAUAGCCACUUCGCUAGCGGAAGAUCUGCUCAAACAUUUCGGCUCCGAUGAUCUGGACACCGUCGUGAAAGAGGAACCGUCGAGCGGCAGCGUCAUCAAUGACAACGGCACGUUGAGUUCCGGUCCGUUCUCGCCGUCGAAUCUUAAAGAGAACGGGUCGGACAAGGCGAAGGAAACGGUGAAGCUGGAAAAGCCGGAAGAGGCUUCCCAGCCGACGCAAUCGAAAUCGACGACGGAGGCUACAACGAUUACGUCGAUGACGUCAACGACCGCGACGACAACGGUGACGACAGCAUUGGCGGAGACGACAUCGGUGAAAUGCGAGACAACGACGUUGUCGUCGUCCUGCAGUAUGACGACGGCGACGGCGACGGCGGUGAGCAAGAAUGAAACAGUCAGUAUUUCCAAGACAGAACCGACGGUGAAUCUGAAACUCGAGUCGUUGUGCGAAACGCAGCCAGAGCAGGAGCUGAGCAUUGACAUGGACGCCAGACAGUUGAUCGAGGCGUGCAAGGGUCAGGGACUGAACGGCGUGCCGAAUUGUUCGAUACUGAGCGAUCGUUCGCCGCCGCCGGCGCCACCCGACCCGCCCGGUCAACGAUUGACGAAAGAACAGCUGUUGCCACCUACGCCAAGUGUCUAUCUGGAGAACAAAAAGGACGCCUUUAGUCCGCAGUUACAGGAGUUCUGCCUGAAGCAUCCAAUCGCUGUAAUACGCGGUCUCGCAGCUGCUCUUAAACUCGACCUGGGUCUUUUCUCCACGAAGACUCUUGUCGAGGCGAAUCCGGAUCAUGGCAUUGAAGUGCGCACACAAGUGCAGCAGACCAGCGAGGAGAAUUGGGAUUCGGCGCUGAAUAAGAAGGUCUGGGGCUGCAUCAGUCAUCGCAGCCACACAACGAUCGCCAAGUACGCGCAGUAUCAGGCCUCGAGCUUCCAGGAUAGCCUGAAGGAUGAAAAAACGCAGGGUGGUGCGCAUGCGUCAAAUCUGUCGGACUCAGACUCGAAGGACAGCACUGGUCAGACUGUCAGGCGCAAGAAGAAUACUUUUGGUCUGGCCGGCCGACCGAGUGCCAAGAUGCUACGCUUCGGCACCAAUGUGGACUUGUCGGACGAGAGAAAAUGGAAGCCACAAUUACAAGAAUUGAUGAAACUGCCAGCCUUCGCCAGGGUGGUGUCGGCCGGUAACAUGCUCAGCCACGUAGGCCAUGUCAUCUUAGGAAUGAACACUGUGCAGUUGUAUAUGAAGGUUCCCGGCAGCAGAACACCUGGCCACCAGGAGAACAACAACUUUUGUUCCAUCAACAUCAAUAUCGGACCGGGCGAUUGCGAGUGGUUUGCAGUACCGGACGCGUACUGGGGCGUGAUAUGCUCGCUAUGCGAGCGCAACGGCAUCAGUUAUCUGCACGGCAGUUGGUGGCCGAAUCUGGACGACCUGUACGAAGAGAAUAUACCGGUUUAUAGGUUCCAUCAGCGACCCGGCGAUUUAGUGUGGGUGAAUGCUGGCUGUGUGCACUGGGUACAAGCAGUCGGCUGGUGCAACAACAUUGCAUGGAACGUAGGCCCGCUCACCGCCAGGCAGUAUCAGCUCGCGAUCGAGCGUUACGAGUGGAACAAAUUGCAGUCUUUCAAGUCGAUCGUGCCUAUGGUGCAUCUCUCGUGGAACUUGGCGCGUAACAUCAAAGUGUCCGACCCACGAUUGUUCGAGCUGAUCAAGAACUGCCUACUACGGACGAUGAGACAGUGUUGUUUGAUACUGGAAUUCGUGAAAAGCAAAGGCGUGGAGGUGCGCUUCCACGGCCGCGGCAAAAACGAAGCCUCACACUAUUGUGGCCAGUGUGAGAUUGAGGUGUUCAACAUCCUGUUUAUUCGUGAGCAGGAAAAACGUCACGUGGUGCAUUGUAUGGAUUGCGCGCGUAAGCAGUCUCCUUCGUUGGAAGGAUUCGUCUGCCUGGAAGAGUACCGCAUGCGCGAUUUAAUGGACGUCUACGACGGUUUUACCCUGCACACAUCGCUGACCACCAGCACCGCCGCCACCACCACCACCACCAUCACCACCACCACCACCAGCACCACCACCACCACUACCACCACCUCCACUUCAUCGUCGACGUUGCAGACGCCGGCCAGCCAGUCGUCCUGAGGUUACAUGCAGCACAGAUAUUUGGACUUCCUGGGUACGUUGCAGCAGCAGUAAUUGCCACUGCUGUUCGGGAAGUGCGAAUUCUGUGUUGUUUCUUCUGGCAAUGGGAAAUGAAAGGACAUUCGUUACGAUAAGAGUUAUUAUAUAUACGUGUACCUGAGAGCUACUCGAAAAGAGAGAGCCGGGGCCGGCUCCUUGAGAGCUCCUUAUAGGCAAUCGUCCGCCAGUGCACCGGAUGAGGCGAAGCGUCAUGAAUGUUGCAUAGAACCAUUGUACUCACUAAAUGUGCGCUUUUAGAUAUUUCUUGUUUCUAAAAUCCAUGUUUCUUGGGACAACGGUUUUGUCACGUUUUCUCCUCGUUCUGUGUAUUGUCAUGUUUUUACCUCAAUUUGUGUACGACAGCCUUUAGCGCGCAUUUCUACGACACGCUUUAAACAAUCCUAUCGUUCGAAUUCAGAUUAGGAACGUGAUUACUGCGAUAGAGCCUUGUGAGCCGGUCCCGAGGAAAGAAGCCGGAUUAAAGGGAAGGGAGUCCUUGGUGAUCGCGAGCCUGCGGCUCGCUCACUUCUUAGUUAGCGCCGUUUGUACAAAUCUAGCUCGCUUAUAUAUUAAAAAAAAAAAGAAAGAAAAUCUCCGCUCGGUCGCCGUUUUAUUCCCCUCUGUAAAUAUACGACGGCGACCGCGAUUUUUUCUCUAUAUAGCUCUCGGGUAUUGGCUAGAGAAGACUGUUGACGUACUAUUGCGCCAGUUAGAAUAUCGGCGUAAUAAUCGGACUGCGGCAUCGUCAUGCGAUCAUUUCCGCUUUGGCGCGCUGGACACUUUGUUCUUUUUCUUUUUUUUUUUUUUUACAGAAUUCGACCAAGUUUUUUUCGUUAGUAUUGUAAUUAAUAAUCGUUGCAAUUCGCGACAGCGUUCGGAAAUGUAUGACAAACGCUGCAUCGCGAGCAGCGUUCUUUUAUAGCAAAUUCAAUAUUUAAUUUUUAAAUUUUGCUCCUUGCGGUAUGCUAUUUGCUUCGUGAUUAGUCGUGAAUAUAAGACUACGCGAAGACUAACAUGAUUCACUGCCACUUAUGGGGAUAUCAAAAGGGGAGAUUCGCCCUUUAUAUUGUACGUAUUAAAGAUCGUAAAAGUAUGCACGAUAGCUCUUUGUUUAUUAAUCGUUACUAGGAAAAUACGUGUGAAGGCAAAUUACUGCCAGAUGCAAAAUUGCUCAAACUAUUUGUACAUUUUUGUAUACAAAUUGUGACGUCGAGAUUGAAGAAGGAAAAAAAAAAAAAAUUAGCGAGGGUAUCGUUAGAUUGUAGGAUGAUCGCUACUGCCAAUCAUACAUAUUAUCUCCCAUUCGAAACGUUUCCAGUCUUGUCGUAUGCAAUUAAAUAUUAAAUGCUUCUUGAGCGCAAGAUAGAUAGAGAUUUUAAUUGAAAAAUAAUUUAAUUUUCAGAUUAAUCAGCUAUUGAUUAUCGGAAAAGAUCGGAAUAGGGAUAGAAAUAAACCGGAAACCAACGUAACAGAAUCCGAUAACGUUUAUGUCUGAAGAUGAAAUCUUGCCUCAAAAUUUUCCUCAAAUUUUGCAUUGCUGCAAUAACUUUCUUUUGUUUCUUACAGAAAUCACAUUUAGAGAUAAGAGACUCUCUAAUGCAUGAACAAAACUUGUAAUCUGUAUUAGCAAAAAUCUUGAGCAAAGAAAAAAGAACAGUUACACGCAUAAGUUGCGCGCCGCUCGCAAGGCGAUGAACGCGAUGUGAAAUCGAGGAAGAGAGAUGAGAUUUAGAUUAAAAGAGAGAUAUACUAGGAGAGGAAGAGGGAGAGAGAGAGAGCUUCUGUUUAUCAAGUUAAGCGUACUCUAAGAGAACAAACGUACCUUCACUCACAGUCUCGUCAAUUGAUCACGGCGUUCACAGCCGAUACAACGUGCCAGAGCGCUUACUGUACCGCCACCUUGUAUAUUAAUGCGAUCCGAGGAAUUGAAAAUUAAGAGGAGCAUCUGUCUGUCUAAAUAAUGCAUAUCUAGAAAGAAUCAGCGACAAACCAGUUUUGUGUCCCCUUGUCGCAAUCCUCGUUACAUUAUAACGUCAAAAAAAGAUUCACAACAAGAUUUUUUUUCUUCUACACUUUGAAAUAAAAUAGUCUUUCCGAAAAUAAUAGUUUUUGGCAAAACCUGCCAAAAACUUGUUUCUCAAAAAAAGGGAAAAAGAUUCUACAACGUGUUAACUUGUCUCAGGAUAAUCUUAUUCACGUCUAGUUUGCAAAGAACAAUUCAUAUAAUUUUACGCUUAAUUUAAUCGAGCCAUGAUGAUCAAUGUGAUUGCAAAAUGAGGAGAUAGCUCGCUGCGAAUGGACUCGCUCUUAAUUCCCAACUCUUCAACCCCUGUGUCUCGAGUGAAUUGCGCGCGCGAGAAGGGGCAGGCAGGAAGAAAAAAAAGUAGUUAGCUCUUCGCGCGAGAAAACAAAUCAUCCGCAAAAAAGCGAUGUAUUUUUGAAUAUCUAGAAGCGCUAGUUCUCCAUCGAGUGAGUAGUUUCGAGGAAUUAAAGUCGAGAGAGAAAAGAAAGGAGAACGGACACACGUUUUCCUCUUAUUUUCCACACGAUUGUACGCUAGACGAGUCGUAAGUGUGUCUCCGCGACACACGGAGUGCAGUUGCUAUAUGUAAUGUUAAGGCAUCUGUGACGUGGCUAGUGCGCAGCAAUGACGACGACAAGCUUCCGAGCGAAAUGUUAAGUGAAAUAAUACGAGUUGACGACGACUAGAUCUACGACGGAACAUCUUCGUCACAGGAGGUCUUACAAAAACAACUUUGUUUCCCGCACAUUUUAAAUUGCACACUCUAACAUGUGCUGCAUGAUCUCAACUUUUGCACGAUGUCGGCGGAAGAAAACGUGAUCCGAUAUAUUGUCUAUUAUUGUUCCGCCGACAGCCGCAAGUUUCGAACUGACUCGACAUUUCUCACACAAUUAACGCUAAUCCGUAAGUUAUACAUACAUAUUAUAAAUAAAUAAAUAUAUUUAAUGUAAACGAUAAGGGGCGAAAUAUUAGGCGAAUUGACAAGUAGAAAGCUCGCGAGCUUUGUAGUUGAAGGAACGAGACCGAUCGUUUGUGUAUCGUGAUCACGAAUCGUGCGCGCGUUUGUUCGAUAUUUCCAACAAAUCAUCACGUAAAGAUCUUAAUUUUCUUUUCUGUAUAAAAAUUAAUAAGACUCGAAAGAAGAUGAACUGACUCGUGCAAAACGAGUUGGAACGUUUUCUCGAUAAACGCGCAUAUAAAACACUAAGCAAAGACGAUCUUUAAUCCUCUAUGGACUGUAACAACGAUAAUAAUGUAACUUUCAAGUGAGAAAUUACGACACAAGAAGUAGAUCAGGCAUUUUUCUCGGGAAUAAUGUUGUCUAUAGAGGAUUAAAUCGUGCGAGUGAAGUAGAAGAAGAAAAAGAGGAUAAUGCAUAAGAGCAUAUUUUCGCUAUAAAUUACUACUACUACUGUUAAUUUAAGUUGUACACAUGAAAAAAAAAGAAAACCGUGGUAAAAGAACCCGAGCAGACCAGACGAAAACUUAUUUUUGGUCCGUGGAAUAAUAUAGCGAGGUAAUAUUUUUCUCAUCAAUCCAGCUGCAUAUAUACAUGUAUAUGCGGAUAAACCUGUAUAAAGAGCGUAGCGUUUCUUAUAAAUAUGUGUGUAAAUAUAUAAAUAUAUAUUUAUAUAUAUAUAUAUAUAUAUAUAUAUAUAUAUAUAUAUUUUAUAUAUACAUAGCGAGCCAUUAUAGCUAGCAAUCGUAUAGAUUAGGUAUAUACAUGUGUAUAGCUUUUGAGAGAAGUGGUUGAACGUCGCUGUAAGCUGUAUUUCUUAACGACAACAACAACAACAACAACACAACAACAACAACAACAACAACGUGAAAACGUUCACUGCCAAAUUGUGAUAAACGUGAGAAGUCCCACCUUUAAGCCAGGAGCGUUUUCUUGACUUCUGAUCGCAUUGACCAAUCGUUUUCGCGCCCCAUCCCGUCCUUCACACACAAUCUUCCCUACUGCAAUUUUUCGCCUCCCUCCUCCUACCCCCUGUAAUAAUAAUAAAUAGUUACCGCGCAUCUAAUCCGGUUAUAGUUAUCUAUUUUUCUUUAAACGAAAGCUAACUAGACUAAUUUAGACGAGAAAACGGGAGAAGAAGUUAGUCUCGACCAAUGCAGCUAGAAACGAAGGAAAUCGCUCCCCUAUUUUAAGCGUCACGUUUAGUGUGGCCGUAUUUUAAACAACAAACAGAUAUUGUAAAUCGAAGCGAUAUUUUUAAACAGGGCACGUUUUACUGUCGAGAGAAAGAGAAAGAGGCGAGAUAGACUAAAGGGGAGGGGGGGGUGGAGAGAGACGCGUCAUCCGGAUCGCCUUUUUAGCGCUCUUCUAAUUGUAUCUUCAUUACAUGUACAGUGCCUUUGUAUCUUAAAAAGAGACGAGUCCCUCUUCGUCCCUCGGAGAAAAAGAAGCAAUCGACUCGCAUGAUCACGAGCACGAAAUUUUCCGAGCACCCUCGAGACGAGAAAGUUAUCUUUAUUAAUUCGUUAAAAAGGAUCGCGAUUGUAAUAUAAGUUCUUUCUCGGUUGAAUUUUGAUUGUAAUAUAUUUUAGUGUUUGGUGAUUGGCUAUUGAAAAGUUUUUUUAAUUUAAAAGUGAAAAAUUAAAGAGUGAAAUUAUUUACUACCAAAUGCUAUUUAUUUUAUUAUAAUAAAAACAUUUAUUCCAAAAAGAAAUGGGAAUUCUGAGCCGCAAAUAGGUUCAGAAAAGACAUAAUAAUUUCUUUAAUAGCAUUUUUCUGUCUAUUUUUAGCUAUGAAUUGAAUUCACUAAAUCCAUGUGGAAUUUUCUCGUUGUAAAAAAUUAGAUUGUAAUUCUUCCUCGAAGGGUGCGAAAUUUUGCUGAUCAAUUAAUAGUAAGUAAAAUAAACAAAAAGAAAAGAAAGAAAAGAGAAAAAUGCGUGUGAUUCGAGGGAAAGGGGGAUGAACGGUCCUUCCUAUAUGUCGUGACAUUCUUCUGACUAGGUUCGUAAUUGUAAUGAAUUAUCUACUGAUUAAUAUAUGUAAUAUUAGAUUAAUUAUUCGAGUAUGUUGUAAAAGUCGUGUACAGUCGAGUCGAUCGGUUGAAUCGAUCGUUCGUGAGAGCGGUGGCCCCUCGGAAUCGCGCGGCGGUGGCGGCCACUCUGUAGUUAGCCUUAUUAUAAUUAUCAUUAUUGCCAUUAUUAUCAUGGAUUAUUAUUACAAUUAUAAAUAUUGAUUAUAAAUAUUGUGUUUACCGUAAUAAUGUAAUAUACGAGGUUACACGGA